AUGCUUCUCUCUCUAAACCAAACUUUGGUUCCUCUGUGUGUUGACUUUGACAGCGUAGGGGACUAUUUCCUCUUUAUUUUCCAUAUCCUGGCAGGGGCGAGCACUGUAGUGGUGGCCGGUUCUGUUGCAAUAAGUAUCAUCAGAACUAACGCCCUGCUCAGACAAAACCGCUUCAUCUUCAUGCUCAACACCAGUAUCUGCGACACGAUGAGCGGCUGUGGUAUUUUCUAUCAGUUCCUCUUCGAUGUCCGGGUUGGCUUCCCCUCUAAAAACGGGACUUACUACAUUUUGCCGACCCUUCUAGGAGUCAACAUCAUGACCUUUCUGUUUGCUCAGUUUGAGCGAUAUUUCGCCGUGUGUCAUCCGUUUUUUCACGCUCGUUUUAUCGGUAUAAGAAUUGUGAUAUGUGUUAAUAUGUACAGUUGGGUGCAUGUUUAUGGAGUGCUGCUUGUACAGCAACUGGUGCCGCUGUCUAUAGCCAUAGAUAUUGCAAUAUACAGCAGAAUAAGUCUAAUGUUCAUUAUUAUUACUAAAAUAAGCAUGACUGUGAAGUUAAUCAUCGUGGCCAGGUAUCAGCUGCUGCGUGAACCUCCAAGCCCGGAGAGAGACACUAAGAAAGAGUCUCUGUCAAUCAUAGUGGUGGUGGUCGUGUUUUUUCUCCUGCUGUGGGGCCCGUCCAUGCUCUACACCGUGGUGUCCUCGCUGACGGGGAAAUAUUUAGCCAUGAAAAAUGACGCCGUGAACCCCAUGAAGAUCUUAUCCAGGAGUAACGCUCUGUGCACACCGACCCUCUACCUGUGCGCGAGCCCCUCACUCAGAGAGGCCGUGUGGAAAACUGUGUGGAGCAAAAUAUGCUGCUGCAGAUUCUACAAAAGGUAUAACGUGCCGUGA